AGGGGACGACGAGCAGGCGGACGAGGAGGGCACGGAGGCCUCUGCUUCGUCAACCGUCUACCAGCGAGGUCCGGCGAGUCUCCCCCAGCGACCGAUUCCUGAAGCAAAACGCCCGAUCAUAGCUCCCCAAGGGGAUAAGAACUGGAUAGUUGUGGAGAGGCCCGUUGGUGCUCACAGACGCCAUGUGAAUGGCAUCUUGGGUCUUCUGGUUAGGGAUCACUUCCCUGGCCUGGUCACGUUGGCCGGAGAGCCAUGUCCGGCCUAUACGUGGGAGCACUACCGGGCCGUCCCCGACAUGCAGGAUGUUGCCGGCAGACAGUGGCCCAACUUGGCUGAGCGAGUGAAGGGCGAGCUUUGGGAUUUCUACAGACUACAGGCCGGGAUGGACGCGCAGGCGGAUGUGGUUGCCGAGUAUCGCUGCAAAAAGCUCGUUACCGACAUGUUCUACGAGCAGCGCCUCCAGUCAAUCAUCAACUACCACGCCGUCGUCCUUGGACAGAAGGUCACCAAGGCGCAAGCAAGAACUAUGACGUUGACUGAGGAGCAGUACUUGCAGAUGGUUCCUCAUUGGUGUGCCCACUUUCCUGAGUGCUGGCAGCAGAUAGUUGCUAAGUGGUUAUCCGACGACUGGAACGCUGUGCACCAGGAGCGUCGUGAGCACCGUCUGACUAUGGCCGGUGUGCCACACCACCAAGGCAACCGUAACCUGACCGAGUACGCCCAAGCAUGGUCGGCGGCACAUGGAGGGCAGCAGUGCAACAAAUUCAUGGCGUAUGCUCUAUCCCACAAGGGUAAAGCGACAUCCAGCGUCAGCUACAACGCGGAGGACGGGCCCGAGGCGUACAGCAACCCGAGCAUCUAUACUCGCCUCAAUGAGUACACAUCGAUGGCGAGGGAGGUGCACGGCCAAGAGUACGAUCCGACCCAGGAGGAUCUUGACGCUGAAAUUGUCAUGAAGGUCGGAGGAGGAAAGAAGCAUGGACGGUACUGGAUUUGCGACGGCGCGAUCGACUCCUCUUCUACUCCGACUCUAUCUCAGAUAAAAGCACGGCAAACGAGCUCGAGCGCAGGCAUCCGACCUCGUCCGGACAGUUCGACGAGCCAAGUCCAGGCACUCCAGGCUCAGCUGCAAGAAGAGAGGAGAGAACGUAUGGAGUUGGAGGCAAGGAUGAGGGCGGAGAUGGAGGCCGAGCGGGAGGCUGACCGACAGAGGAUGGCGAGCAUGUUCGCGUACAUUCAGAGUCUUGGCGCAGCGACGGGUCUACCUCCGCCACCUCCCUUCGUCACCCCACCUAGACCACCCACCGAUCCGUUUUCUACUUCAAAUCAGUCGGCGGCCUCCAAUGAUCCGUAUAUUUCUCCAAAUCAGACCAACCAGAACAACUAGCCACCUUCGGCAUAGAUGAUGGAGUUAUUUGCAAUUGAGACUUAGCUAGACUGAAUGCAUGUACUUUGAUUGUUCAUUGUGUACUUUGUGAUAUACUUGGCUACAGUGAAUGUGCCUACAAAGUUUGAGCCCCAUAUUGGAUUAAUUCUUGACGUCACUAGUUUUCGCGGGAACAAUCAGGCCUGAGAGUGCCUGGCGGACAGUCCGCCAGACCUGGCGGACUGUCCGCCAGGCACUCUCAGGCCUGAUUGUUACUGCAUAAUAUAAUCCUGCCUCUUUGCCGAGAGCCGCUGGGGGUAGCUCUGGAUGCCCUCUUUGCCGAGUGCUAUUGACCGGGCUCUCGGCAAAGAAGGCGUCCAGGGUGGGCGUUGACGCGGUCCUUUGCCGAGAGUCUGACGGCGACACUCGGCAAAGGAUCCGUCCACGGUGGCGCGCCGUGACGGCUACUUUUCUUUGCCGAGGGCCGCUUUUGGCUCUCGGUAAACAUUUUGCCGAGAGCCCGAGGAGAAGCUCUCGGCAAAGUAUCCUUUGCCGACCCCGGCUUCCCCGAGAGCCCUUUGCCGAGUGGGGCUCUCGGCAAAAUGUUUGCCGAGUGCCUUUACGUCUUUGCCGAGUGCCUGGGGCACUCGGCAAAUCAGCCGCGUCCGGUAGUGGCCCUCGCGGGCGGCCAUGUGCAGCGGCGACUCCAUUCGCUCGUUGAGGUCGUAGGCACGGCUGGGGUCGCCGUCCAGCACGGCCAGCGCCACGGGGAUCCUGUGGUGCCGCACCGCCUCGUGCAGCGGGGUGUUGCCCUUCUCGUUGGCCGUGACCAGGGGGCUCCACUGGUCCUGCGGCCAGGCCAGGG